AUGCCUUCUAUUUUCUACACUCUGCUGCUGCUGCUGGCCAUCGCGGUUACGGUAGUUGAGAGCCGUGACUGCUACGGCAAAUCCUGUUCCUGCGGGCGGAAAGUGCAAUUCAAGAUGCGCUGGGUUUUUUAUAUUGCGUUCCUGGCGCUGACCUCGGCCGCGUUUCUCGAGGAGUGUCGGAAGCUCCCGUGCAAACCGCAUUGGUACUGUGGCAAGGAUUAUCUAUGCAGGCCCAGGAGACGCAUCGAGAAGAACGUUCACUGUAACAGGAAGCUCGACUAUCAAGAGUGCAUGGAUGGGCUUUUCUGCUGCGAACAAAUUGGCCGUAGCCCCCGUGGAUACUGCCGGCCAAUCGGGACCAACCGCAAUCAGACGACCGACUGCGAUCCGGCGUCGUGGGGUCGU